AUGGAGACAAGGACUCUAAGUGAUGCAGAAGUCAUUGAGCCUUCAACAGACGAUACAUUUGAACGUGCUUCUUCCAGGACCUCGGCUCUGUCUUUACAAAAUGAUUCCUCAACCUUUGAAGGAAGCCAGCAGCUGCCCUUUAGUGAGGCAGAUGCUGGGAAUGGCAAUUCUAGGACUCAAACUGAAGCUGGACUCAAUUUCGAGACUUUCACGAGAGAUGGGAAGAACAUAUCCCAUCAGUCCAUGACCAACAAAAGAGCAGAUGUGACUGAAAAUUCCACUUCGUAUGCUGAAAUUGUGAACCCUUUGGUUCUGACCCAGCUCUCUGAGCAGUGGACAGGAAGUCAGCCAGAGCCCCAUGACAGGCGUCUUUCUGAGCCUUCCACAGAAUCUUUGUCAGUGUCUUCCUCAGAGAUGUCGGAUUCUUCAUCACAGAGUCAUCCUUCACACACCUCAGCUACUUCAUCCAGGAAUGGAGAGAGGACACUGCGAUCUCUUGCCAACAGCAGCCUGCCUUCUGGGGGAGGGGAGCAUUCCACAAUGUUUCCCCAUGGCACAGAGGGUACCACUCCUCACAUGGGAGUCAUGGACACCACAGGCUUGGUUUCAGCUUCAUCAGAUGCACUGCCGCCUCAAAGAGCCACUGGAAGUAACCAUGGACCAAUGGGCAGCACAAAUAUAGGAAAAAGGAUAUCUGGCUACCAUACAGACAGCACAUAUAUUUCAUCAACCUUCACCAAAAUAAAAGACAGAACAUUAUUGUCCAUUACAAAUAACAGCACAUCUCCAGACAUCACUAAAACCUCAACCUCCUAUAAUGGAACCUCCAGCUCCUCAGUUAUAGCACAUUCUUCUUCAUCUUCUUCUGCCCUGACCAAAGGAACCAAUAUAUCAUCAAGUGAAGGGGAAUUUAUCUUUCCUUCCACUGAACCAUUGGUUGUGAGUUCUGAUUUGCCAGCAUUCACCUCUACAGUCAGUGUUCCUCCUAACACAUUGGUAUUUCAAACCUCAGAAUCUGUGUCCACCGAUGACUCUUCUUCAUCUUCAUCAUUGCCACCCUUGCCAUCACCAUCCAUGUCACAGCUAAGUCAACCAAUUUCUUCAACUCCAUGGCCAACAUUGGCAUCGUCCCCACUCUUGUUUUCCAUGGCUGAAUCCUCUAAACCCUUGACUUCCUCAGUGUCACCUUUAUCGACUUCUUUGGCAGAAUCCACCCCAUCUCCAGCUUUAUUCCUACAGUCAUCUUUACCGCACUUGACUUCUACCUCAAUCCUCCCCAGUGGUGAUCCCCAGACAAGAGAGUCCUCUGUAACCUCAACUGAUACACUGACAGAUGUAUUCACCACUGUCCUUCAAGGCAGCUCAUCCACAGAUCAAAAAAAUCAGGGUGUCCCCUACCAGGAGAAAACAAGUAUGGGGUCAAACUUACCACCCCCAAGUCUUCCACCAACAGAAUCAACCAAAGUACUAGGUAAUAAUUCUACAUCCAAGGCCCCUUUGCCCCCAGUCCCAACAGAGCCUUUCAGAGAGCCAACCCUCCUGGCCACCAGAACCAAUGCAGUCCAACCAUCACCAGUGAUGACAACCACAAGUCAUGCAACCACUCAGCCUUCAACAGUUCCAACUCCAACGAGUCUUCUUACAACUGUGAAAGCGACAACUGAGAAAACCAUUCUGCCCAUCGGACCUAGGACCAUAAUGCCCCUGAGAACCACUGAAGGUCCUUCCACCACUAGGGUCAGCAGAAUGGAGACAGAGGCCACUAAAUCAGUCCCCACCACUGGCAUAGCCACAUCUGUGCAAGAACGAAGCUCAAGAAUGGGAGGUCAAAAAGAGACCACUCCUGCUCUCCAUUUUCCUGUGGUAUCAUCUCCUUCUCCCCAGACUACCAAGGCUUCUACUUCUACACCCUCGACUCUCAAGUCAACCACUGUAGUCCCACUGAGACCAAUGAUGACAUUGCCUCCAACGACAGUCAACAGAUGCUCCCCAAACCCUUGUCUUCAUGACGGGCAGUGCAUUGUGGACUCCACUGGUCGUGGAUAUCGGUGUAUCUGCACCCCUUCGUGGCAAGGCGAUGACUGCAGUGUGGAUGUGAACGAAUGCCUAUUGAACCCCUGCCCACCUCUGGCUAUAUGCAACAACACCCAGGGAUCCUUUGUCUGCAGAUGCCCUGUUGGGCACCAGCUAGAGAAAGGAAUCUGUAACUUGGUUAGAACAUUUGUGACAGAAAUUAAAUUAAGAAAAACUUUUACUAAUGCUACAGUUGAGAAACAUUCAGAACUGCAUCAAGUCGAAGAAGAGAUCAUCAAAAUGCUGAAUGUGUCUCUCUCAAUGCUGCCUGGUUAUGCCAGAUCUACUGUCCAAGCUGUCAGGGAUUCUGGCACAGUGUUUGUCUCACUGCAGACCACCUUUUCCUUGGCAUCCAACGUGACAGUGUUUGAUCUGGCAGAGAGAGUACAGAAAUACAUUAGCACCUGCACAUCCCCUCUGGAGAGCUGCCAGUUCUUAAAGUCUCUCGGUCGGCUUUUUAGAGCUGGUAGUUUAUGUAAAAAGAAAAGUCCAGAGUGUGACAAAGAGACCUCCAUCUGCACCGAUUUGGAAGGUGUUGCCCUAUGUCAAUGCAAGUCUGGGUACUUCCAGUUUAACAAGAUGGAUCAUUCCUGUCGAGCAUGUGAAGAUGGAUACAGACUUGAAAAUGAAACUUGCAUGAGUUGCCCAUUUGGUCUUGGCGGUCUCAACUGUGGAAACCCUUAUCAGCUUAUCACAGUAGUGAUCGCAGCCGCUGGAGGUGGGCUCCUUCUCAUCCUAGGAAUUGCACUGAUUGUUACCUGCUGCCGAAAGAAUAAAAAUGACAUAAGCAAGCUCAUCUUCAAAAGCGGUGAUUUCCAAAUGUCCCCAUACGCCGAGUACCCCAAGAACCCUCGAACACAGGAAUGGGGCCGAGAGGCCAUUGAAAUGCAUGAAAACGGAAGUACUAAGAACCUCCUCCAGAUGACCGAUGUCUACUAUUCUCCCACAAACGUCAGGAACCCAGAACUUGAACGAAAUGGUCUCUAUCCCACCUACACUGGCUUGCCAGGAUCUCGACAUUCUUGCAUCUUUCCCGGACAGUAUAACCCUUCUUUCAUCAGUGAUGAGAGCAGGAGGCGAGACUACUUUUAACACCAUGGAUAAUGGGAAACCCACUCGGUGUUAUUUACACAUGAAUUCUGUCUACUCAGAGAAUGGAACUAGGAAGACACCCUGAACACUUGCUGCUCCACAGACCAUUCAAAGCGGAAGGUUACAUGACAGACAAGGAUGGGACACAAGAUUCAAAGAUGGCAAAGACUGAAAGGAAUUACUCCAAUGGGAAGCUAAAUCACAGGCUGCUCAUUCUUUA